UCUGUAUUCAACCAGUGCUAGUUCUGUGGAUCGUUUAAGAUGUACAAGCUUUUGCUGUGGCUGUGCUUAAUAGCUCUGGCCCAACACGGAUCAAUGCAAUCAACUUUGAGUCCGUAUGUCAUCAAAGAUAUCUUCGGCACUCCGAGCCCAAAUGACAUUGGCGAUACCCAAUCAUCCUACACGCCGUGUACGACAGAGGACGGCGAAUCCGGGAAAUGCGUGAAUUUCUACCAGUGCGAUAGUAACAAGCAAAUAAGCGAGGACGGCGCCAACAUCUUCAACAAAAGGUCCCAUGACGGCUGUGUAUCUUACAAGGAAACUUGUUGCCUCGUUCCAAAUACACGAGAUCCGACCGACCUCAUUGAACCUAGCGAAACUGAACCUACGCCAGAAGAAUGCGGCUGGAGGAAACCAAAUGGCGUAGGUAAUAACAGUGGAGACGAAAGUGAUAAGGAUACCAAAUUCGGGGAGUUUCCCUGGGUAGUCGCCGUUUUGAAGAUCGUGCCGGACAAUGAGCCAGAUGGUGAAUUGAUGUACUUGUAUGCUGGCGGCGGGUCCCUGAUCCACCGCGAAGUGGUACUCACCGCCGCUCACAUAGUAACCGGCAACCAUGCCACCGUCAUCCGCGCUGGGGAGUGGGACACGCAGACCACAGAGGAACCUCUACCGCAUCAGGAACGGGAGGUCAAGAAAAUCGUCACGCACAAGAAGUUUAAUGCUGAUAAUCUACACUACGAUAUCGCGCUGCUGUUCUUAAGCGAGCCGUUCGACUUGGCGCCCAACGUUGGGCUGGUGUGUCUGCCGCCCCCACGCCAACGCGCCACUGCUGGUACUUCGUGCAUCGUUGCCGGUUGGGGCAAAGAUAAGUUCGGCAAGGAGGGGUAUAUCAGAGCACUCCUUAGAAAGGUGGAAGUGCCAGUCGUGGAGCAUACGGAGUGUCAGGACGCGCUGCGGCAAACCCGCCUUGGUUACUACUUCAGGCUGGACUCCUCGUUCAUGUGCGCGGGGGGGGAUCCCGGGGAGGACGCGUGCGAGGGGGAUGGCGGGGCACCUUUGGUCUGCCCCAUCGAGGCUGAAGAAGAUCGCUACACGCAGAAUGGCAUCGUGUCUUGGGGAAUCGGCUGCGGUGACACUGGAAACCCUGGCGUCUACGUCGACGUCGCCUUCCUUCGCCCCUGGAUUGACGAUCAGAUGUUCUUUAGAAAACUUAACCCCGAGGUGUACAUCCACAAAAUUAAAGCACCAGAAGUGGUCUUAACCGGUACAAGACAUCUUUCAUCAAAUGGAAGGAAAACGAAUAAAAUCCGCGAUAAUGUCCGUGCUAGCUAUAAUAACCCUGAGAAUGUUCAUACUAGCUAUAAUAACCACGAUAAUGUCCUUUCUGAAUAUAAUAAACCUGAUAAUGUCCGUUCUAAAUAUAAUAACCCUGAUACUACUAGCUACAAUAACCCUGAUAAUGUCCAAUAUAGCUACAAUAACCCUAAUAAUGUCCGUUCCAAAUAUAAUAACCCUGAUAAUGCCCGUACUAGCUACGAUUACCCUGAUAAUGACCGUACUAGCUACAAUAACCCUGAUAAUGUCCAAUAUAGCUAUAAUAACCCUGAGAAUAUCCGUACUGGCUAUAACAACCCUAAGAAAGUCCGUCCUAGCUAUAAUAACCCUGAAAAUGUCUAUCCUAGCUAUAAUAACCUUGAGAAUGUCCGUACUAGCUAUAAUAACCCUAAUAAUGGCCGUUCUAAAUAUAAUAACCCUUAUAAUAACCGUUCUAGAUAUAAUAAUCCUGAUAUUGACCGUACUAGCUACAAUAACCCUGAUAUUGACCGUACUAGCUACAAUAACCCUGAUAAUGACCGUACGAGGUAUAAUAACCCUGCGAAUGUCCGUACAAACGUUUAUUACCCUAAUAAUGGCCGUUCUAAAUCUGUUAACCCUGAUAAUAUUCGUUCUAGAUAUAAUAAUCCAGAUAACGACCGUACUAGGUAUAAUAACCCUGCGAAUGUCCGCUAUGUACCCGGAAAUACCCGUUUUAGCUACGAUUAUGUCGAAGACCAAGACAGUUAAAUUUAUUUAACUAUGUUCCAAAUAAAUAUAAUACAUUCUAAUAUUAUAAAUGUAAAAGUAUGUCUGUUUUAUUGUAAGUUUGUUAUCUAUAUUCGGCGCGACCGUUGCACCGGUCUUAAUGUAGUUUGGCACACAUGUAGCCACUAAUACUGGAAACGCUGUAAUAACACUAAUGCCCGGGAUACACGAGGCUAGUUUUUCAAGCUAGGAUAGCAAGCUAGUGUCAGUAAGCUAGCAAACUAGUACUUCUGGCUUCGUGUAGACAAAACUAGCUUCAUUUAUAAGCUAGUUGACAAGCCAGGACAGUUUUAAAUAGGAUGGAGUUCCAUUUUUUAGGCUAGUAGCGCCCCCCACCACUGAUUUUACUAUCCUGGCUUGUGUACUAGCUUCAUGUGGCCGGCGAAGCUAGUUGUAACGUUCGAUCAUAGAAUGAGCUUCACCGCACACAUUCGCAAGACCCGC